GGGUUGAAUGUAAGAUGGCGCCCAGGGAGCUGUGAGGGGAAAAGACUCGGGGCCGAGGCGGCGGCGGCGACAGGGCCGGGAACGUUACAAGUCUAAGAGCUCAGGACAAGAGCAGCAGAAAUACAUGCAACAUGGUGACUGGAACCCUGAGGACCUUGCAAUAUGAAUAAUUCUCUGGAGAACACCAUUUCCUUUGAAGAAUACAUCCGUGUGAAGGCGCGAACGAUCCCCCAGCACAGGAUGAAGGAGUUUCUAGACUCCCUUGCUUCCAAGGGGCCAGAAGCCCUCCAGGAGUUUCAGCAGACAGCCACUACCACAAUGGUGUAUCAGCAGGGUGGCAACUGCAUUUACACGGACAGCACAGAGGUGGCUGGGUCUUUGCUUGAACUUGCUUGUCCUGUGACAACCAGUAUCCAGCAACAAACUCAGCCAGAGCAGCAGAUACAGGUUCAGCAACCCCAGCAAGUCCAGGUUCAGGUUCAGGUCCAGCAGUCACCGCAGCAGGUCUCCGCCCAGCAGCUCUCUCCACAGCUCUCUGUCCAUCAGGCUUCGGAGCAGCCAAUACAGGUCCAAGUGCAGAUCCAAGGCCAGGCGCAGCAGCAGCCAUCCCAGACAAUACAGAGUCAGUCUCUUCAGAGCCCCAGCCCAUCGCAGCUGCAGGCAGCUCAGAUCCAAGUGCAGCACGUGCAGACUGCCCAACAGAUCCAGGCUGCAGAGCUACAGGAGGAACACAUACAACACCAGCAGAUCCAGGCCCAGCUUGUGGCAGGACAGGCCAUUACUGGUGGCCAGCAGAUCCAGAUCCAGACAGUUGGUGCACUGUCACCCCCACCUUCUCAACAAGGCUCCCCACGAGAGGGAGAGAGGCGGAUCAGCUCUGCGAGUGUCCUUCAGCCAGUGAAGAAACGUAAAGUGGAUAUGCCUAUUACUGUAUCGUAUGCUAUUUCAGGGCAGCCAGUUGCCACAGUGCUGGCCAUCCCUCAGGGCCAGCAGCAAAGUUAUGUCUCUUUAAGGCCAGACUUGUUAACAGUGGACAGUGCCCACCUGUACAGUGCCACUGGGACCAUUACUAGCCCCACUGGAGAGACGUGGACCAUCCCUGUUUACUCUGCUCAACCACGUGGUGACCUUCAGCAGCAAAACAUAACCCACAUUGCCAUCCCUCAGGAGGCCUAUAAUGCCGUCCACGUCAGUGGCUCACCCACAACACUGGCUACAGUGAAGCUGGAAGAUGACAAGGAUAAGAUGGUGGGAAGUACUUCGGUAGUGAAGAACUCUCAUGAGGAAGUGGUGCAGACUCUUGCUAAUUCGAUCUUUCCAGCACAGUUUAUGAAUGGCAACAUCCACAUUCCAGUGGCAGUGCAGGCUGUGGCAGGGACAUACCAGAAUACAGCACAGACAGUGCACAUAUGGGACCCACAGCAACAACAGCCACAGCCCACACCCCAAGAGCAGGGGCAGCAGCAGCAGCUACAAGUCACUUGCUCUGCUCAAACUGUUCAGGUUGCUGAAGUUGAACCACAGCCACAGCCACAGACUUCACCUGAACUUCUACUUCCAAACUCUCUGAAGCCAGAAGAAGGUCUUGAAGUGUGGAAAAGCUGGGCACAGACCAAGAAUGCAGAGCUGGAAAAAGAAGCUCAAAAUAGACUAGCACCCAUUGGAAGGCGUCAGCUGCUGAGGUUCCAGGAAGAUCUCAUCUCUUCUGCUGUGGCUGAGCUGAAUUAUGGUCUGUGCUUAAUGACACGAGAAGCUCGGAAUGGUGAUGGUGAACCCUAUGAUCCAGAUGUGCUCUACUAUAUCUUCCUAUGUAUUCAGAAGUAUCUCUUUGAAAAUGGCCGAGUUGAUGACAUCUUCUCGGAUCUCUACUAUAUUCGGUUCACUGAAUGGCUGCAUGAAGUUCUUAAGGACAUACAGCCCCGUGUUUCACCUCUUGGUUAUAUCCUCUCCAGUCAUGUAACAGAAGAGAUGCUGUGGGAGUGUAAGCAACUUGGAGCUCACUCCCCUUCCACCUUGCUCACUACACUGAUGUUUUUUAACACAAAAUACUUCCUGUUGAAAACAGUAGACCAGCACAUGAAGCUGGCCUUCUCCAAGGUGCUGAGGCAGACCAAGAAGAACCCUUCUAAUCCUAAGGAUAAAAGCACGAGUAUCCGCUAUAUGAAGGCUCCAGGCAUGCACCAGACAGGACAGAAAGUUACAGAUGACAUGUAUGCAGAGCAGACCGAGAAUCCAGAGAACCCCCUGAGGUGUCCGAUAAAGCUGUAUGACUUCUACCUCUUCAAAUGCCCCCAGAGUGUGAAAGGCCGGAAUGACACAUUUUACUUGACACCGGAGCCAGUGGUGGCCCCCAACAGCCCUAUCUGGUAUUCCAUCCAGCCGAUCAGCAGAGAGCAGAUGGAGCAGAUGCUCACCCGGAUCCUGGUGAUACGAGAGAUUCAGGAAGCUCUUGCCGUGGCUAAUGCCAGCACCAUGCACUAAGGCAUCCUUCGUGGCUCAGAUGGGGUGGGGCAGGGUGAUGGGGGAGGGACAAGCAAAGAGAAAUUGUACAGACUUUUACACUAAAGGAGAUGCCUAAGUUUUUGGUUUUUUAUUGGUGUAGUUAUGAAGCCCUUUUAGGCUUCCUCUCUUUAAAAGAAUCUAAAGGAAAACCUACCCAUUGUGUAUCCUACCCAACACACCAAACUGUUGGAACCAUUGGAGGCUGCAUAUCCCCUGCGAGCUGGGAGCUAUGGAAAGCUGCUGGUUGACUCUGGGUUUUUUUAUGAUGUAGAAAACAUGAACUACAGGAUGGGCCUGGUUGGCUGGGGCCUCUGUCUCCUUGGAGCACGUGCAGCCUAGAGGGCACAGAAUGAUGGAUGGACCUGCUCAGCCAGUGGAGGAGAGGCAGGCAUCUUUUCUUGUGCUUGGACGUUAAUUUGCUGUUAUCUUGGAAGAAAGAGGAGAGAGUGAACUGCAAUUAUGAUUUAUACAAAAAAACCACAAACAAACCAACAAUUUCUAUUCAGACCUUUAAGUGACAUUUUUAGAUGUUAAAAGUACAAACUUUACCACACUCUUCUUUUAUGGCCUAACAUUGAGGCCUUAAACCUUGAGGCUUCUGUGCCUGAUGGAAUUCUUGUAACAUACACUUGUGUAUCAUAUAAAGAUACCACCCUGUUUCUCUUAUGUAUUCUUACUCUAGUUGUUUAUUAAGAAUGACGAGCACGUCUUUUCAACAUGCCAUUGAACAAUGUGUCUUUAUUUGGGGAAGAGUGAGCUGUGAGGGUGGGGGGGUCAUUAUACAAAGAUCAGUAUGCAAACUGGUUGUUUUCAUGCUUUCCAGCUCAACUCUGCUGGAUUUCUUUCACCCCUACAACUUAUGAAGGUAGAAGGGCAUACACUUCUGUUGAAGGACCUGAAUGUCUGCUUGCUGAUGGAAGCUCAGUGCCAGGCUAGGAACAUGGGAUUUGUGAGACCAGAUCAGACUGUCCUAAUGUUCUGUGGCUUUACUCCAUGGCAAAUCCAGUUCUCUCCACCUUUUCAAAUGCAUCACAACAGCGGCAUGAUGGAGGGGUAGUGGAGGGAAAAGGCCUUCCAGGAGCAGCAUAUGGCUUACUCCUGCCAUUUAACAGCCUUUUCACAGUUUUUAACACAGCUGUGUAGCUUUUGGCAUUGUUCAUGAUCAUAAUCCCCAGCUCUGUAGCCUUGCCUUGCUGCAUCUUAAAUGGUUGCUGUAUUUUAUAUCAUUAACAAAUAGUCUACUCUUUUGAAGCCAGCAGGUAGCCAGCUGUGCUUGAAAUGGGAGAUCACUUGCCAGGUUUGUUACUUGUGCCAUCAGCUUCUUGUAUGCAGAGAAAUUACUCUGCUUCUUGAACUUGUCUUCCCUGCUUCUCCACCUCAUGUCCCUUCCCUGUUCCAAAAUACACAGAUAAAUAUUUAAAUAUAUAUUACAGUAAAAGAACUUAAACUUGUGUACAGGCAAGCAACUUUCCUGAAGCCUCUGUUGUCCAGCACCUAUCUGAGAUAUAUAAGAGAGAAGGAAGGAAGGUGUGCCCUCUCUGUUGGUUGUGCAGAAUGUAAAUUGAUAAAGAGUAGCCAGUGUUCCCUGUCUUUGUGCUCGUGAGCAGUGUUGAGGUGUGCAGCUUAGAGAUACUUCCCAAGCCCCUGAUGCUUCAUAUUGACAUUGGUGUUCCUGAGGAAGCAGGUGUGCUUGAGCUAGCUGUCAGUAUGAGCAGUUUGUUCCCUCUACAGGACUCUGUGCUCAAGUGUGUUGCAGAGAGGUGAAGUAGCAAUGCACUGUUGUUUUUAGACUCUUAGCUCAGUGUCUGCCCUCAGACCUAGGCCAGAGGAAAACAGCCCCAGAUCAGUGCCCUGAUCCUAGUGGGUAAGCUGGGAAGAUGGUGGGUGUAGUGCUGGUAGCAGGUACUGUGACCUUAGCUUGUCUGCUGGGAGCCAGCAGUUGCCCCCUUCUAGGAUGGCUCUUGGGAUCACUAGUACUGCUUCAGCUGUCAGAAACAUCUACUCCUUUAACCAUAUCGUAGUGACUGGCAUGUCCAUCUUUGGCCCUAUUUAAGUCUUUGAGGACAUGGUUGGGGCAGGCUCCCACUAUUCCAAGCAGUUGCAUGUGCCUGCUACACAGGGUGUGCCCAACAAGCAUGCAGAGUGGUUUUCCCUUCCUUUUGGGCAGUUUGUCCCAUCAUCAGAGCAGAGUUGGAAACCCUGCUGCCUUGGCUAUCUCCAUCAGAAAUACAGUGGAUAUUAAAAAAUCUGCCAGAUACACAUUGUACCAGUUGCUUUACUGGGCAGCCUUGAGAGCCACCUUUAAACACUAAAAAUUAACAGAAGCUGCAAUACUUGACAGAACUUGAGGGCAGUUGCAGUUUGGGGACAAACUGGAACUUCAGCUGAGCUUUCUGGGGAAACAAAAUUCCAUGUUACCUUAAAAUUCUAGAUUGCGCACUUCCUGUACUACUCUUAACUGCAAGAUGAUCUCAAGUCUUUGUAGGGGGAAGAGUUCUCCUUGGAGGAUACUGGUUAACAACAGGGCAACUAGGCACAUGGUGAGCUGUGGAGAUCUCCUGAUGAUUGAUUUUGUCCUGAUGGACUGGAGUGUUUCCAUUCCUUUCUCAUUGUCUGCAUGUACAUAGGAGAGGAUCUGCUGAUGCAGAAGUGGACUGCUGCACUGUUCUGUACUGUCUCAUCAGAAUGUCCACUGUGUUAACUUCAUUCCCCAUUUUUAGAGACAAUCGAUAUACUGUGACUUAAGGAUUCUUUUCCUGGAUCUGGCUUCUAGUCUGUCUCUCUGGAGCUAGUUUAAAAGGUACAGUAUUUCUAGAAUAUAAAUACUAUGUUCUUUGAUAGUGAAGAACAUGAUCUGCUCCCUUGUAGGGGCUCGUAGGAAGAUGUGCACAGAGUAGCACAGAAGAGUGCUGUGGCUUAGGGUUGCUGUCCACAUUCUGGGAAAUGUUCCCAGUCAAACAUGUAAAAUAGCUUUUUAACACUUUCCUAUUACCAGCUUGACUGCUGCUUAAAGGGCAUUCCCCCUUGGCUCUGAGAGUGCCAAACUGCUUGUACUGCUCUUAUAUGCGUGUAUAUAUUGACAGGAACUCUCCGUGCCCUAUGCCUUGUAUGAGACAGGCUGAAAAUGCAUCGAUCUCUAAAUAAAUAGAGCUGAGAAGUCAAGCUAGAGACCGUGUGUUGUUGAUUUUGAACUGUGCCCAUCUUGUCACUGUGGUAUGAAAGGAACCAUAGAAAGCAGAGACUGACUGUUGUAAAGCACCUCACAUUCUGACAUGAGACUCCUGUAUUGUCCAAGCUCUUGACAUUUAACAGUGUUGCUUUCUUUAAGAAACUUGUAGCCUUUUACAGGUGUCCACAGCACCAUUAGAUUUUCAUUUGCUUUCAAGAGGUCAAGUAUUUCCUCUUAAGUGGUAAUGGCUGAAGCAGCAGACAGCAGACUAGAGAGUGGCUCUUCAUUCCUGUCUAGAGCAGUGUAUAAAGGGUAUGGUCUGAGAACUUAAUAGGGCUCUCAUCUGUUGGCUGCCUCACCCCUAGAGGUCUGGACUUCAGAGGAGUCACAAGGUCUGAAGUAGUUCCAGAACUGUUCUGCCUUGGACAAUACAAAAAUACUUAAUCUGAUCUCUGAUUAAGAAUCCUCUUCUGCACUGUUGCUGCUCGGGCAGAACUUAAGACAGUCUUGUUAUCAGCUGCAUCAGGGCUACUGUCUGCCUUGGCAUACACAGAAGGGAUGAGGCCUAGAAUACUCCUAUGCUGUGAUAAGAGCAGAUCCAGAAAUGGUAGAAAAAGAGCACCCUGAGUGUACAGGGGGUGGAGGACUGCUGGUACUGUAGUUGCUCAUCCUCUUGCUGGACACUGAACGGCUGUCCAGCCAAACCAUAUUCUUACAUGAAUUAAAUACUGACUUGGAGUUAGUGUUUGGACUCCUAAAUCACUGUUAAAGUGGGAUAUCAACUGUCUUCCACCCUAUAUGGGGCUUUUCUCCCUAUCUUAUUGCUGGAGCUGCUCCUCUCAAACAUUACAGGGAAUGCACCGUAUCCUGAUGAUUCAGCCUCUCCUGUUUCAUUGGUGCCAAUGUUUCAGAAAGAGCCCUUCUCCACUUAUACCUCUUCCUACCUUAAGGAACAUCUCAAUUCUUCCAGAAGUCUUGCUGACAUGCUGCCCCCAAAUCUCUGAAGCGAUUGCCGUGUCCCUGCUUGUCGCUUUCCUUUGCUGCGUGGCUGAUGCUCUGUUCUUAGCACUGCAGUCACAUUCCCUGUAACCUUGUGCAUGGCAGCUGUGUUUGCCUGCUUCUCCUUUCUCGUUGGAGCUCAUCAGAACGGGAAGGCAGAUCAAACCCACUUACAGCAGCAAUAAACCAUGUCUAGAACUUGAGGGAACUGCAGGAGAGAAUGAGGCAGAGGGGAUGUCUCAAAAAGGCAGGGUCCAGUUGCAGCCCAAAACCUCGCUUGAUAAUGAGUGUGCAGCCUAUAUGCAAAAUACAUCUUGUCUGUCCCUCCUGUGUUGACCCAGGUCUAAACAGCACAUGUGAUUGGCAUCCUGCAAAGUGACCUUCAGAACUCUCCAGUAGCUUUGCCCCGUGAGUAACUCACACUACAAAUCAUUUUAAAGAGAUGCACUCAACUAUUUUUUUAAUUUAAUUUUACUCUUAUAUUCUCUGCUCUUUGUAAUCUGCUUGGAAAUAAAAUGUUUUUCCCUGCA